AUGCCUACAGCUGAGCGCGAUUUUCUUCAUGCCCCGUUCGCCUCUGCCGAGACCUUCGCUGCCACACCAGAGAGCCGGGAGGACGCACCAAUAUCCCCCACCACAACCGCUCCAGAGCCAUGGGCUUCACCAGAGGCAUUGCCGCCCGACGGAGGAUCAGCCGAUACAACGAGUUCCUUCACUGCGUCCUCCGUGGAAAGCCAGACCUGCUCCAAGGGUUCUUCGACAGAAUCAUCCACCGACUCCGAAUCGGAGAGUACCGCGUCGGCCAGAGCUGCGCCCACAUCCUCCCCUCAAACAGCUUCACCACGCCGAAAAUCCUUAUUCUACUCCCCAUCGAGCGACUCUGACGAUUUCCCAUCGCUCGACACCUCCGCCAGCGGGUCCCCAGCCACUUUAGUCAGUCUGGACCUCUCCGAUAUUUUGUUAGAACGGCCGCCCUCGCUUCCCGAUUCCGACGAUGGUAGAACAGGAUUUGACCUUGGUGAAUGGCAAACUUCGCAGCCUUCCCAGCUCGGCCCUGCGCCCGCUCCCACACAGAACCAGGGGUUUCGUACCGCACCAAGCUUCAACUACAACAACCUCCUGGGGCUGAUGGAGGCGUUGGAUAGGGCACGAAGGGACGGAGGAGACCUUGAGAUCCGCCGAGACCAGCUGGAUGAGAUUGCAGAUGCAUUGGAGGACCUUCGCUGCCACCGGUUGCUUGCGUGCGUGGGCGAUUAUGCAGGUCGGGUCUCGAAUACCUUCUUCCGGUCCACCGACGAGAACACGAUUGAACGCAGGGUCGACCUACUUUACGAUGCGUUCGAGGUGGAGAACUACGGCGACCACAUUGAGGGUACGGGGGAGCCUCUGGAGGACGGCAGCUGGCCUGAGAUAGCCAACGCGUGUUUUCGGCGGAUACGACAAGCCGGGUGCACGGCCGAACUGCAACACCGCGACUUGUAUUGGGGAGUGCGGAUCUACGCUGAUCGCAACCGAACCUUUCACUCUGAUCUCAACACGCGGGAGGUCAGACACAGGCGGGGCGAAAUGGAAAGGGUCACUCGGGAGGACGUGGAGCGGAUGCGGGCGUUGCUACGGCCUGACGAGAGCGAGGAACUGGCGACAUUCGAGCGGAUUAUGAGGCUGGCGGUGCCGCUGGAGGAUGUGUGGGGUGUUUCGCCGGCUGAUGAUCAAACUGCUCCGGGAACCUUCUGGUCCUGGUUGGUUCGACUUGUUGGAAUGCUUGCCUGCGGUUAG